AUGAUUAAUUUACUGCUCUUAAUAGCGCUCUUGGGCGGCGCCUCCUGCUCGCAGGAUCUCUGCCAGCAGGAAAAAUGCCUGUGCGGAUACAACAUGUACAAGAACACGAAGACACAUUUCAGCAUGGAUUGCUCUGAGAACGAAUUCGAUACUUUACCAAAUAUCAAAGAGAUGCCUGAACAUUUCGAUGAGCUGGACGUGUCGCAGAACAACAUCAAGCUGUUAACGAAAGGUUCUUUUGCUAGCGCAACACUCAAGGUGUUAAUUGCAAAUCAUAAUGAGAUCACUGAAGUUUCUAUGGAAUUCCUGAAGAGGAUUCCGAAUUUGAAGCAUCUAGAUUUGAGUCAUAAUCAUUUGAAGAAAUUGGAUGCUAAGGUGUUCCAAGCGGCGACGAGUUUGCAUCAUCUGGAUCUGAGCUUCAAUAAGUUGAGCACGCUUCAGGAUGGGCUUUUUAAGCCGGUGAAAACGCUGCAGUUCUUGGAUUUGAGUUACAACAAUGUUGGGAGUUAUCUGAUGAAUUUGAAGGAUUUACAUGAUCCGAAACUUGGCAUCACCAAAGAUCUUCCUAACUUGAAGCUGAACCGUUUGAACAUCACCGAUUUACCAACUGAUUUCUUCACCAAUUCGUCGCUCAUCUACUUGAGUUUAGACGAUAAUCGUUUGAAGGAGAUUCCAAAGCUACCUUACACCAUCCAAUACCUCGAUUUAUCCGGAAACCUUUUCACCACUCUCAACGUCAAGCAUCUGAAUUACCACAAGCUGAAGAAGUUGAGGUUGACGAGACUCCCGUUGCUGGAGAAAAUCGAGAAGUACGCUUUCUAUAAUCUGCAGGAUUUGGAGUUCCUUUACAUAGAGAAUUGUCCAAGAUUGAUGGAUUUCAACGAUAUGGCUUUUGGAGCUCUUGUGGAUCACGAAGGGCUCAAACUGAAGAGCAUUUCUUUAGCAGGAAAUGCCCUCAACAGAUUGAACACGACAUAUUACCAUCUCUUCAACGAUCUGGAACGCGUCGAUCUCAGCAACAAUCCGUGGAUAUGUGAUUGCGACAUCUUAUGGUUCAAACUGAUCAAAAACAAAUUGAUGAACAAGAACAGUGUUAGGUGCGCUUUGCCUUCUAAACUGAGGAACAGUUCGAUCCUGACAUUAACCGAAAGGGAUCUGCCCAAAUGCACUGUGGGAUCUGGCUGGAACACGCACAAAGUCUUGGUUUCCAUCAUCGCCGUCUUAUGUGCAAUGUUGGUUGCCAUCGUCGCUUACAUAAUAUACCUGGGCCCUUUCAAAUCUGUCGUUCAAAAUAAGUUUGUUGGAACACAAUCGCCUUACACAGUUGUCGUUCGCGAAGACAUGAUUACCACGUAAUGAUUUAUUGAUAGUUUUUGGAUAAAUAAAAUCGUUUAUAAGAA